AUGUCAGUUUCUAAUGAUAGCAUAGUUGAGGUUUUGCUUAUACCUCAGCAAAUGUUCCAGCCUGUUCUGUCUGAAGGAUUAGUAUCAAAAGUCUCUUUUGCAAUUUUAAUGUCUCUGUUCUUUAUCUAUAUGAAUGCUAUCAUGGUCUACACUCUUUGGAGUAAGCCUGUUUUUAAAGAGACACCACGCUACAUUCUGUUUAACCACAUGCUUUUUAAUGACUCGAUUCAGCUCUUUGUUACGUCUUUGUUGUAUAUUUUAGGUCUGCCUUAUCUCAAGUUAGUCGUGGCUGCUUGUGCUUUUUUAGUUUUUGUUUCUAGCACAACUUUCCGUAAUGCACCUUUAAACCUGGCUCUGAUGUCAUUAGAGCGUUAUGUGGCUAUAAACUUUCCUCUAAGACAUGCAGAAAUAGCCACUCAGAAAAGAACUUAUAUUGCUAUUGGAAUUAUUUGGUUUAUGAGUAUGAUACAAUUCAUAAUUGACUUGCUUUAUGUAUUAUUGACUGAUCCUAAAUUUUUUUCAUCACAAAUAUUUUGCACAAGAGAAAGGCUCUUCAUAAAGCAAUGGCAAGUAGAUGCUUAUCAGGGGGUUAAUAUGUUCUACUUUGUGUCAGUGUCUGUGAUCAUCCUUUUCACUUAUAUUAGAAUUUUGAUCACAACCAGAUCCAUCACCUCCAAUAAAGACUCUGCUGCAAAAGCUCACAAGACCGUGCUGCUGCACAUCAUUCAGCUGGGCCUGUGCCUCACCUCUUUUCUCUACAGCAUUAUAGAGCGAGCUGCAGCAACGAGCAGCACCAGCACCAGCCUCUUUAUGGACCUGCGUUAUCUAAACUAUUUGUUUGUGCUGAUCUUGCCACGCUGCUUAAGCCCACUCAUCUAUGGACUUAGAGACGAUUCUAUAAGACCCUUAUUCAUCUACUACUUUCGCUGUGCCACAGGCAAACACAGGUCUGCUGUCAAUGUACACUGAAUUUAGACCUUAAUUUCAGAUGCUUAGGGAUUCUUAAACAUGUUUAGUGUCAUACAUACUGUUGUAGAAACCAUGACAAAAAUAUAGUGUGAAUUGUUAUGAACAGUUACAUUACUACCCCAUUUAAAUACUCUGUUAAAUACAACUGAAAACAGUUAUCCGUGUGUUUCACUUCAAAGCCAAACACGGCCUGGAAGACCUUGUUGCAAAUACUCUGACUA